CCCUCCCGUCGGCUCCAUCCCGAGUUAGGGGCGUGAGGCUCCUCGUCCCGCCCUUGCCUCUGAGUGACAGCAGCGUGGACAGCUGCCCACCCGGCCGGACCCGCAGCUGGGCGGCCCUCUCUGGGCUAUGCUGAGUAAGAAAAAUCAACCAAGAGUGUAUUUUUUGGAGACUGGAAUUGAAUUUGCCAGAGAUGCAGCACAGCUUCUGAGACCUUGCUUCAGGAAGCAGCUCUUUUUUUGGCCGCUUUCCAGAGCUUAGACUUGGCAGCCUCAAGGACACGGUGUAAGCAGACAUUUUGAAGAUCAAAGAUGGGUAGAAAAGAUUCUUCCACUACAAAACUUCCUGUUGAUCAGUACAGAAAACAAAUUGGUAAACAGGAUUAUAAAAAAACCAAACCUAUUUUAAGAGCAACCAAAUUAAAGGCAGAAGCAAAGAAAACAGCAAUAGGCAUAAAGGAGGUUGCCCUGGUGCUUGCAGCUCUCCUGGCCCUCCUCCUGGCCUUCUAUGCUUUCUUUUAUCUUCGACUAUCCACAAACAUUGACUCUUAUCUGGACCCAAAUGAAGAUUAGCUGAGCAGUAAUCAACAAAGGAAGAGAAAGAAUUCUGAUGAGAGCAUCUUUAGGAACAAAAACUUUGCCAAUUUCCCAAACUAGAACAUGUUGAAUAUUUUCUUCUUGGUACAGUCAGUUUGCAGCAAUAUCUUUGUGUCUAGUGGCAUAGGGUAUUAGAAAAAGACCUUUCCCAAAAAUCUAGACUCAUGUAUGCUGCUUGAUACUGGAUAAAUCUUCCUGCUCUGGCACAUACCCCAUUCGUGGUACAGUUAAAUAACACAUUUUUCACAAGUCUUCCCAAUUUACAUGGAUAACUCCAUCGGUUACAAAUCACUAAACCCAUUUUAUCCUAAGUAUAUUGUAAGAAAAACUAUGUAUUGUCAUUUGCAGAAGAAUACUCAAAAUCAGAACUAGAACCCGAGAAAGAGCAGAAAAGUCAUGGAAAUUUUUCAUCUUCCCGAGACGCGUGCUUUUGUUCCAGACAUAUUGUAUGUCAUUAGGGAGACUGCGCACACACCGCAGUAGUCUCUUCCUUCCCUGCCAACUGUCGCUGCUCAUGUGCUGCUUCACAGACGGCACCUGGAUGGCAGAAGCUCAAAGAGUCACAUAUGUCCCUAAAGUAGAGUUCCUUCUCUCUUGGGCUGCCCGAACUGGUGUAAGUAGAAAGUUCAGUUGAUCUUGGUUUUAAUUAACUUAUUACUCCAUUAAUAGAAAGUUGGAAUCCUAUAUUAAUUAUGUUGUUCUGCUUGCCUGCAGUACCAACUUGCCCCUCUUGUUAGGGAGCUGGGUAACAAUCUGCUACUUAAUUGUGAAGUGUUUUUACACUGCAGAAUUAGCAGGAGUGUUCGUACACAGAAUGAUUUUAUUGGGUUGUCUCUUGAAUCUGAGCAUUACAAAGGCUUUUUAAAAUUACAGUUUGUUUCUUUAAUUAAUUUCUUUAAUUAAUUACUACUCCAUAGAGAAAAAUAAAAAUAGAAAAUAUGUCACCUGUUACUUUUAUAUGUACCUUUCUGUAAUUUUUUCUAUGUCUUUAUGUUGUAGUGUAAUGACUAUUCAAUAUUUUAUUGGCAAUUGGAAUUUUAACAAAAUAGUAAAGUAAAUGAACACAUAAAGCUUAAAAGUUUUAUAUACAUAUUAUAUAUUUCCAAAGAAUAUCUCCUCUGUAAUAUAAAGAUGCAUAGAAAAUUGCUAUUUCCAGAUAUGUACAGAGUUUUAGGGUGUACAUUCACUUCAUGAAAAAUAAAUACAAUUCUUUGGUCGUUUCCACAGUAGCCAAGAGAGAGACGCUCUAAUAAAGACUCUGGGAGUAAAUCUAGCAUAGCUUAUAGCAUGGUUUCUGUAAGAACAGAUAUUCUUUGGUGCUUCUGCAAAACAAUUUCAGUAUGUCAGUGUAGCAUUUGUUCUGUAGAAAUUUUUAAGUAGUAUAAUUUAUGUCAUCAGUGUGAAACAGCCAAAGGUUCCAAUCGCCUCACAGAUUAUUUAUGCCAAACAUCUGAGGGCAAAAUUUAGCCAGUGUUGUUGCUGGAUUCUUCCUUUUGAACUCACAGACUCAAGAGACAGAGCAAGAGUUCUCGUAUACUCACCACAGAGGACCCAUCCAAGUGGCAUUUUUAGGAAAGGUUGCAGCAUUUUAUGCCAUGUGGUAUGUCUGUUCGCGAAGUGGGAGGCAAGGGAAUAUCCAAGCUGGCAUUUUGGAUUUGAUGGGCCUUUUACUUUCGUGAGUGACAUGCCACAUGUCAAGAAAUACUGCUUUCUUCCAGUCUCAUCACAUUUACGUGAGCAAUUCUCAUUUACUUAUUUCCCUCCCAUAUGGUGUUAAAAAACAGUCACAUCCAAUAAAGCUUAUUUCUGGUUUCAGUGGUAGCUGAAGAGAGAGGAUAUGGAAUAACUGUUUACCAGAUACCUAUCCAGGUUAGACGGUAGCACAGGUCUCAGUAUUCAAAAUACGUGUGUGCCUUCUGGAAAUGUUUGACAAGUGGCUGAUAGAAAGACCUCACCAUCCUGUUUUCCUCAUGAGAGGCACUUUGGGGAGAAAAUGUUGUUUCUAUAACUAAAAAGUUUAGUUGAACUGUACCAUAAUAAUAAGCAAGUUUCACUACCUGGCUUUAUCCAUGUCCUCGGUCCAUUUGUGUAACUGUCUGAUUUGUGACAUUCCCAGAGGGGGGGAAAACAUCCCAGGCUAAAUGCUUUGAUUUCAGUAAUUAGCAGUAAAGUGAGACAAUGAUAUUUUUAGAUAAUACUGUUUUCAUAAAUACAAAUCUGAAGAACUCAGAUUACCUGGAAACAGCUAUCCUCCUGAACACAAACACCAGGCUGAAAGUCUCUUUUGAAUGUCUUAAGACAGAAAGAGGGUGGUAACUCCAUGUUGUUUCAGGAGACCACAUUUUUGUUAGUGGGUAGCUUUUGUUUUAAUUUUGGGAUUAGAAUCAGGUAUAUUUAGACAUAGCUAUUUCCACAUGGCACUCUGUUCACAGUGAUUGAGACAAAAAUUAGACUUUUAAAUGACUUUUAAAUAACACUGGAACCUCUUAACAUGCAAGAUAGUAUAAAUUUCCAGGUAAGGGCAGGAAGCUGUGUUUGUAUACGAAUAAGGUGCAAAGGUUAUGAUCACACAUGCAAGGUUAGAUAAAAUCAUUUAAAUUUAUUUGAGGAGAAAUACUGUAAAAAUAUAACAUCAUCUAAUAUUUCUUUCUAAACAAACAAAAACCCAUUUUGGUGCAAAUUCAGCUGGUCAUUUUGCAGUGUAAAAUAUAUCGUUUCUCUUUCGAUUUCUUCAUAAAGACUGAUGGCAUACUCUAACACCAACUAAUGAUUAUGACAUCCUGAGAAUUUGGAUCUUCUUAUUUCUGCCAUUCCAGUGUGUGGUCAUCUGCCCAUGAAUUUAAAUGCAUGUAAGAAUUUGGUUUACUGUAUGUUAGUUGCCUCAGAGUGAUUUUUCAUAUAUAAAUGCUAAAAAUUGUUUGAAUUUAAUAAAUAAAUUUAAACACAAUAUUAAUCAACACAGAAUUUAGCAUUUAUGGUUGCCUGGUGUAUUGGAAGAAUAUAUAUGUAUAAACUGCACAUAUAUGUCCUUAAUUUCUUAUAGAUCUGGUACAUAGUCAAAUGACACAGGAACAUCAGUCUUUUUAAGGAAAUCAAUGCAUCUUUAUUUAAAAAAAUUUAGUAUUUCACUUCAAUUAACCAUACAUAUUCACUUCAAAAGAAAAUGAAAUUAAAUUUUAUUAUGUUUACAUGAAUUCUAAAGCACCAAAUUUUCUAGGCUCUAAAAGUAUAUAGUCAGUAAUAAUUCAUUGGAGUUAAUUGUGCAUUAGAUAAGCUUCAGAAAUAAACGCUUAGAAAUUAAACAUGUUUCUAUUUUAAUGUACUACAUCUGUAACAAACUUCCGAGCCAGAGACUACCAAUGCUCCUCCUUUCUCUAGCAGUGGUGAGACUUCUUGACACUUAUCUGAGCUUUCCCUGUGUGGGGAGGAGCCUCCUCCCUCUCACCUAGCAGCAACCCCUUUUUUUAUUAGCCCUGUCCCGGUACAGCUUGGAUAGAAAGGCUAGUUAGGUGGUGUUGUACUGACAUGGUAUGAAGGAUCGCCAGAACCUCCAGUAAAAACAAACCUGUGGCACACGAAUCCAGUAACGACAGACACAUUCUCACCAUUUUCAUCAGGCGUAAUUGCAUAGGGAAGGACAAAGGAUGGUCGCAGAGACAUGGGAAAACAUGAACCACUGUGGACCAUUCAGAGUGGAUCUGAGAACCAUUCAAAACAAUCGAACUGCAGCCCCCUUCUGCAUAGUAACGCCUUGUUACACAAUUUUUGUAUCCUUAGCAACUGAUACGGAAUGCUUUUUCAAGGAAAAAUAAGUUACUUUACAUGCCAGAAGAUUUUUGAUGACAGUACCCCCUCCGAUUUUUUCGUUUUUUAAAACAACAACCAAAUUGGUGGGGAGGCAGCCAAAUUUUGAGGUACCAGUGUUUCUCGAACAGAUGUCGCACCAUUAUUUUUCAGCUCGUUUGGAUGAAUAAACAUGCGAAGCUGUGAAGUAUUACAUUUUAGAUUUUUUCAUUAAAAAAAGAGACAAUCUGUUUACUGUCCUAAUUGAGACAACAAUCCUCAUGGUUGCCAGUUUUGGCAGUCAUAACAAUGAACUAUAAAUAUUUGGACCAAUCAAGUAAAUGGUGAGUAUAAAGGCCAUAGCAUGUAAAGUUCUGUUUUCACGGCACCCAUCUUUGUAUGACUUUUUUUUUUUUUAACUUCAUCGAAUAAAAUUGUUUGUUUCAUGGUAAAGUUUCAUGGUAAAGCUGAAAGAGGUGGAUUCUGACAUCUAGUUUCUUCCUGGGUGGUAACCCUUUCAAUGUAAGCUGCCCACCUCUGCUAACAACACGCAUCUGCUCUUGCUUUGCCGGAGGAGAGCAGGUUCACCCUGGUCUUUCCUGUGGAAUGUGCCUGACGGUAACACAAGACUCAAAAGUGCUGUUUGUUUUUAACUUUUCUCAUAUUUAUAAAAUUACAUCUUACCCUGUGUCUUCUUUCUUGGUUAUCUUCUUUAGGUGUACAGAUUUCAGUAUGUUUACCCUAUCUUAUAGAUCUAUAUGAGUGAGUAUAUACAGUGUGUGUCUUUCUGCUCCUGGGAUACCUCACUCAGGAUGAUCUUUUCCAGAACCCACCAUUUGCCCGCAAAUUUGAUGAUUUCCUUGUUUUUAAUUGCUGAGUAGUAUUCCAUUGUAUAAAAGUACCACAAUUUCUGUAUCCAUUCCUCUGUUGAUGGACAUCUGGGUUGUUUCCAGGUUCUGGCUAUUACGAAUAAAGCUGCUACAAACAUG